AUGCGUAUUAGGCAAACCCCUUACUUACUGCAUUACUUUGCCACAGAAGGUUCGGUCAAAAGAAAGACCCACAUCCAGACAGACAUAUUAGUUCCUCCCAAAGCAGUCAGCUCUGCACGGUUUGAACUACUUCGCGCAUGGCUUCGAUCGUGCGAUCAACAUGAAAAGUGCAAGAUGUCUGAUAGUAAAUUGAACCAAACGCUACCAAACAGGCUUCUCUGGGUUGGGGAUCCAGAUAAUCAGCAUUACGAUCCGAAUGUCUUGCAUCUCGACACCACUACAGACAAGACUGGAGCACAAUAUGCUGCUUUAUCCCAUUGCUGGGGCGAAAUUCCAACGGAAGUCAAGAAACAUUUUUGCUCGACCUCGGAUAAUAUUAGCCGCCGGCAGGGAGGAUUCAGUUUCUGGGAACUGCCAAAGACGUUCCAGGACGCUGUUAAAGUUACCCGGGAACUUCGUGUACCGUAUCUUUGGAUCGACUCGCUCUGCAUUAUCCAAUACGGUGACAGUGGUGAAGAUUGGAAACGCGAAGCUGGACGCAUGGAAAGGGUCUUCUCUGAGGCUUACUGCACAAUUGCUGCAACUUCGGCCUCAAAUUCGUACACAGGGUUUCUUCAGCUAGAUAUGAAACAUGAUUAUAUUCAUGUUGAGGAUGCCUCAGGCAAUCGAUUCUAUAUUUGUGCUGGUAGGGACGAUUUUGACAAGGAUGUGGAGGAGACUCUACUCAACACACGAGCAUGGGUAAUGCAAGAAAGAGUUUUGUCACGACGGACUAUCCAUUUCAGCGCCAAUCUGUUAUACUGGGAAUGCGGUGAAGGGGUUCACUGCGAAAAUCUCACAAGGCUGGAAAGCUCAUUUCGAAAAAGGCACUUUAUGCUCGACCCAUACUUUCCGAAACGGCUCCUUACGUCGGGCAACGAACGUAUCAUGGAAUUCAUUCACUUUCUUUCCGAAGACUACUCGAAGCGUGGACUUAUAGAAAAGACUGACAGAUGUGUGGCCAUAUCUGGGUUAGAAGCCCGUAUUGCACGUGCUUUAAGCUGCGGGAGCAGUUAUGGUAUCUUUGAGAGCUUCCUUCACAGAAAUCUUCUCUGGCAGCCGUCUGAUACUAAACUGGAGAAGAUUGUGUACGAAGACUGGCAUGUGCCAUCAUGGUCAUGGAUGGCAUAUAAUGGAGGCAUUCGGUUCUUUGACAAGGACAUCAGUUUUGGCACGGUUGAUUGGAUUGUUAAUCUUCGGUUUGAUGAGGAGUGCAAACAUGCACUGAUCGCCGACGUGGGGAAGUUCCAAGACGGAAUGAAACAAUGUGGGAAAUAUGCUGUCUUAGAUUCCGGUGGAGUAGAAAGAGGAUGGAUACAGUAUGAUAUUGAGAAGGACAAAGACGAGGAGGACAAGGAUCUUUGCGAAGAACGAUGUGUUGUUGUCGGGAAGACCAAAAAGGUUGCUACGAAGUACUACAUAUUAGUUGUCAGACCAACUAAAGUAGUAAGUGGCGAGUAUAGGAGGGUUGGAGUGGGUUUGAUUCGGAGUAACUGCGUAGUGAGAGAGAGGCUUGGCGUGCGAAUUGUCUGAAUGACGUUGUAUUAGAAAAUCUAGAGCAGUCAAUGCAUAUACAUUCAAUAU